AUGGUACUCCUUGCUCGACACACGGCCACGACCUCGUCUUUCGGCAUUUUUGAAUCUUUGCAACCAGUCAAUCUCCACGUACUGCUUCGAAGGCCAACCGAAUCCCCGGUAAGGAAUACGCAAGAUGAGCGCCCCCUCUUCCUCACAUUGACGCUCAUGCUAGAUCAUUGCAUACUUCAGCCACCAAUUCUCUGUACAGGCCACCACUACACAUUGCAAACAAACCCAAACGCAUUCACGACAGGCAGCUGCUGGGCGGUACACACAAUUGCAGAGCGUCAGUCGACGUCCGACCAGACUGCCAGAUCUCUCAGGGACCGUAUUGCACAAAUCCACGGCUCCCUGAGAACAUUUGUCCUAUCAGGCGUGGACCAACUUUCAUGUAUGCCGCCCGACACCCAGUGCUCCAUGUGCACAGAGGCAGUGAGACGGGACCAGAACGCGUUCUACACGUUCUACAAUAACUGUUUGGCGGCAGUGCGCCAGCGCGAUCUACACGAGCUGCUCUUCAUCCUAGUUGGCUACCAGACUCGUGGACACAUACAAGAGCCACUCCAGGAUCCAACGACCGAUCCGCCGCCGUGCGACUUGAGCCUGCCCAACCUCCUCAGCAUGACCAAGAUGCAGAACAGACUCCUUGCUCAUGUCCAUGGUCGUGGGAGUACUACGCGCGUGCGAGCCCCGAUUCCAGCCGGGCCGAGUCCCGCUCCAUGCCAAGCCACUGAGCCCACCCAGCAGUCGUCGCCUCCCACUCUGACGGAAUGA